AUGACCGACGCACUCGCCAUACUAUCUUUCGUCUGCGCUGGGUUCUUCGUAUUAUUCCUAUUCGCCGACCGCGUUCGGCUCAAUACGCCUACCUCGACGUUGAUUGCAUGGUUCUUCAUAUGCAACCUCAUCCACGGGGUCAACGCAGUAAUUUGGAAGGGAAAUGUGGACAUCAAGAUACCCAUCUGGUGCGAUAUCACGACAAGGCUGCUUUUAGGAGCUAAUGUCGGUCUACCUGCGACGUUUAUCUGCAUCGCGCGGAAGCUGGAGUUCGUGUCGUCUCAACGCGAACCCCCUCCGGACGGUCAAAAUAAACGCGUACAAAUUGCUAUAGAUAUCGCGCUGUGCAUCGUGCUUCCAAUUAUAUAUAUCCUACUUCGUGAGUCAGCUUCCAAGCAUCUGGACUCUGCUCAACGUAGGGCCGUAGAUUAUAUUGCACAAGAUCGCCGUUUCGACUUGGUCAGAGAUUUAGGGUGCUUCGCAUCUAUACACCCAUCUACGCCGGCCCUAAUAAUCGUUUGGCUUCCCCCACUUCUUACAUGUAGUAUCGCCCUUCUCUACUGUGGUGUCACUAUACAUAACUCAUUCCGCAUCUCGACUUCAAGUUUCGGUUCACACGUUUCAUCACGCUCAGCAUACACGUCUUCUAUCUUCAUACGCACCCUCAUAAUCUCCCUUAUCACCUCGGCCGUCCUGGGUUUAACGUCCCUCUUCGCCUUGUUCUCGCCUCCGAGGCUCAGCAAUUGGACCUCAUGGCGGAAGGUUCACGAAAAUUUCUACGACAUCGAUAUCAUUAGCACGAAGAACGAACUUACGGGCAUCCAGUUUGCGUGGUGGGGCUUCAAAGCAGUGUCGAUCGUUUAUCUUGUCCUGUCAUUAGCGAUCGGUCAAGAAAUCAGAGACGGCGCGAAAUGGAUUCGAUCGAUAAUCAUCAAGUGGAAUAAGGAUAGGAAACGACGUUCUGUCCCAUCUAUUUUGAUGAUGCAUACCCAAGGAAUCAGACAAACGCAGAUGGUUACCAAAUGCUCUCCGCCUCCACUGAGCCCGCCUCCGCCUCUUACCCUUGAACUCAAGUCUGGAUGGGAUGAUAUGCUUGAUGACAAGGCUUCAAAAGGCUUCAAGAGCAAGAAUCGAUCCAAGCUAUCCCUUUCGCCGUCCAGUGGUCGGAGCGCGAGCUCUGUUCCCAGUUCAAGCCCCUGCUCGAGCCCCACGCCAAGCUCAGCUCGCAGUUCACCCGCCCCGGAGAACGACUCGUUCGCUAUAGAUACCCUGAAUUAUCUCAACUCUCCCAUUGCUCAAUCGCUCGGCCUGAGGUCUCCCCCUCCAGUAUAUUCCUCGCCCCAGAAGACGUCAUACAACAUCACGCCUUGGAGACGUCCUCAGACCCCGACCAAGGCACCCACGCCUGUGACCCCGAGUACAGUCACCGUAGAGGUUGAUAUUGCGCCGCUCAAGGCUCAGGGACCUGCGAGACAAAGUAUACCCGAUGAUGCGAAGUCGACUGUGUCCUCCAUAUGGGAAGCACCUUGGCCGGAACCGCCUGCCUCAGUUCCGCAAGGGAGUCCUACUCCGUCCCUCAUCCAAGGCCUAUUCCAUGCUCGGUCGUCGUCUCGAUCCCUACCACAGUCUCGAUGUCCUUCUCCUGCCUUAUCUUGCGACACGUUGGGCUUGCCCAUCUUAUCGCCUUCGUCGCCUCCUGACAAACCUUUUCAAGGUGCAGUAGCCGAGGCAUUACUACCCGGACGUCCCGGCUCCUCUCCAGCAGCAAUACGACCCCCUAGACGUUCUAGUCUGAGACGAUUGGGGAGCCUUGAGGGGCUGAACGUUCCGGGCAUCGGGAGGGGCGUGAGUAACCGCGCAGGCAAGGAGAUAAUCUAUAUGACAGUGGUGAAGGAGACAGUCUAG